UCUGGGCCUCAGCCUCUUGUCAAUCCCGAGCGGAUUGUUUGUUGUCAAAAUGGAGUUCUUACUUGGAAAUCCGUACGGCACUCCCGUGGGCCAAUGUAUAGAGAGGGCCACAGAUGGAGGCCUCCAGAAUGAGGACUGGACCAUCAACAUGGAGAUCUGCGACAUCAUAAACGAGACGGACGAGGGGCCAAAAGACGCCAUGCGGGCACUCAAGAAGAGACUUAGUGGCAACAAGAACUACAGAGAGGUGAUGCUGGCGCUGACGGUUUUGGAGACAUGUGUGAAGAACUGCGGUCACAGGUUCCAUGUGCAGGUAGCCACCAGAGAUUUCAUCGACGGUGUGUUGGUCAAAGUCAUAUCGCCCAAAAACAAUCCUCCAACCAUCGUACAAGACAAAGUGCUGGCGCUCAUACAGUCCUGGGCUGAUGCCUUCAGGAGCAGCCCGGAUCUCACUGGUGUGGUCCACAUUUACGAAGAACUGAAGAGGAAAGGCAUUGAGUUCCCGAUGGCGGACCUGGAUGCAUUGUCUCCCAUCCACACACCGCAGAGGGGAACACCCGAGGUGGACCCAGCCAUGAUCAAGUACCUCGCCCCGGUUUCACCUGCUGCUGCGACGCCUAAACCUUCCCCCAUCCCGUCUCCUGUCCCUACCACACACACCUCCCACGUGCCGGGCCCAAUCACAGCGACCCCUGACCAGAUCGCCCGGCUGCGCAGCGAACUGGACGUAGUGAGAGGAAACACCAAAGUCAUGUCGGAGAUGCUGACAGAGAUGGUGCCUGGGCAGGAAGACGCCUCAGACCUAGAACUGCUUCAGGAGCUGAACAGAACCUGCAGGGCGAUGCAGCAGAGAGUGGUCGAGCUGAUUUCACGCGUCUCUAACGAAGAAGUGACCGAGGAGCUGCUACACGUCAACGACGACCUGAACAACAUUUUCCUCCGAUAUGAGAGGUACGAGAGGUACAGGUCGGGUAGAGCCGCACAGAACAACGGGAUGUUGAAUGAAGCCACGGAGGACAACCUGAUUGACCUGGGCCCGGGCUCCCCGGCUGUGGUCACACCCAGGAUCAGCUCCAGCCCAACACACCACCCCAUCGCAGGGGCCGCUGCCUCCCCAGCCCAUAAUCCCGCUACAGCCUCGCUAACAUCUGCACUUGCGAGUAUCGAUGUGACUUCAGACAGCGCGAGCCGAACCCCGUCUUGUCUACCAGGCCACAACAAGGACGACUUUGACAUGUUUGCCCAGACCAGGACCAGCUCUCUGGCUGAUCAGCGCAAAAAUGUGAAGUAUGAGGACCCUCAGGCUCUGGGCAGCCUGGCCUCGGCUUUGGAUGUGAGACAGCAGAACGCAGUGGGGCUGAGGGUAGAAGGGGAUGAUAACGCAGCAGAACAGGAGCUGCCCAUAGACAGCUGGCUUAUUACCCAAGGAAUGAUCCCCGUACCGCAGUCCUCUGUCAUGGAUGACAUAGAGGAGUGGCUCUGUGCUGACGUGAAAGGGGAUGCUGCUGAGGAAGGGGUGACCAGCGAAGAAUUUGACAAGUUCCUGGAGGAGCGAGCAAAGGUUUCAGACUCCCUGCCGUCUCCCCCGGGAGCUCACCCUUCUCACCCUGCUCGUGCCGCUGAUGGCUCCCACAAGAAGGCCGAGCGGACGGAGGAUGCCCUCUUUGCCUUGUAGACUGUUCUCAGAGAACCUUGAUCUCUCUCUGGUGGCAUCUUAAGGUCUUGGCCCUAAAUGAUUCCUCCAAAACAGUCCCUCCUGUCCCAUUUCAUCGCUAACUGGCAGUGGUGUAGCAGGCCAUCUCCAGCUACUCGUCAUUCUCUUGCCACGGUGUUGCUCUAACAAGCAGAGAGGUUUACUGUGCACAACUGUUUUGCGCUUUACUAUAUAUGGAUGUAUUAAUCUGUUACUAUGGGAUGUAUUACUCGCAGCCAUGCAUCUCAUCUGUAACACUCCACCAAAGGAAGACAACCUAACCGGUCAGAUGUGGUUUUAGAAUGUGGUAUAUUACUGCGUAAGGAAUGGAGAAGUGUUCACUGUAGGUCCAUGAAUUGAGUCAGUAUGGAAGCGUACAAUUGGGAUUAUAGUGUUACUACAUUCAGCUAGUUGCUAAUGUAUGCAUUUAUUGUUUGAAGAUGUGUUCUGUGACAUGUACUACUAGCGCUGUGGUCGGUCCAGGCAUUUUCGUACAUCAGUUUGAGCUUUAGUAACGCUUUUUAAUACUGGGUGAUGUGUGGAUAGCAACACGUUGUUAUAAACUGAAGCCGUAUGGACAAAAUAUUUAUGUAAGCAGGCUAAUUUGCCUUACAAGGGAUAUAAAAGCAAAACUAUAGCUACUCUUGAACAGUGUAUGCCAGCAUUCCUCUAACCAAAGGGAAUACAAAAUCUCAAAAGCACUAGUUAGGAUCCUGUUGUGUAUUUUACAUUGUUAUUGGGAUGGAACGUGCCCAUGAAGUAUUUCCUAUCAGUGUUUUCUGUCCUCUGAAAGGCUACGAUAAAUUAGUUAGCUGCUCUUGAACAACUACAAACAUUUUUAGCCAUUCCAAAGAAUAGUAAGGCUUUAAAAAUAACUAGCUCUGAAAUGAACCUGUAGAACGGUAAUCAUGUUCAUGUGUUAUAAAGGUUGAGGGAUCAUGAACAGUUAUUUCCCCCUACAGUAUUAAUGUCUGCACUUUGAAGCAAAAUCUGUAUUUUGUCCUUUGUGUUUACAAGACUGUAUCUAUUUUUCUAGGGAAUGGGAAAUGGUCGAAGAUUGACUUCAUCUUGCACAUAACUUUUGUAACUGCGCUGUUCACAUAGAAGUGGGUUGAUAGAGAGUUCAAUGUAUGAUAGCAAAAACUUAGUAGUAGUAAUGCUAGACAGAAUGUGGCAUCUGAAUUAUCAUCAUACGUUAGUGCUGGCACCAUAAUUCACUAACAGACAAAAUGUAUAGCUUACAAUAUUGCACUAUUGUUAAGUAUGUAUCCGUAUAGGAAAAGCUUAAUUUACCCUAAACUAUGUAAUCUAUAUACCUCAUAAUAUAGCAAUUUAGUUUGGUAACGCAUGUUUUGGCUUAUGGAUUGUAUCCAGAAGGCAGAGAGGUUGAUGUAUCAUUUCAUGCCCGGAUUGUAUUUUUUUCUAGUUCAUGUAAAAGCAUGUUGAGGUCCUUCAUCAUUUAUUCCUGUGGUUAAGGCUGAAGAAUGCAGCGAACACACACUAUUUUUUUGUUGUUUGUGCAGGCAAAAGCAAACGUAUUCUUGAAUUAUUUUCAUUCCAGCGUUAUUCAUCUGCUCCUGCUGAAGCUGCUGCCAAGCAUUUCUGAUUUCAGCUAAGUAGCUCUGGCAGGAGUUUGUCUGUGGAGAACUUAAGAUCACACGUUGAUGCAAAAAGCAAUCCUGUUGUCAUUCCAAAUUUUUGCUGAGGCUGUGGUUUGUUUUACUGAUGCUCUGCACUUGAAAACUUGAAAGAUUGGAUUCCUUUUGUAAAGACCAAAAGCUUUCUCAAUAAGGGCAUCCCCAAUCCCCAUUUUUAGAAGCCUAAUUCAUACAACAACAUAACUUGUCAGUAUAGGCCUUCCACUAGAGGGAAUUAUUCCAGAGUUGUUAUACUUUGUUAACAUAAACGCAAUGGUGACAUUGCAAAGUUCUGCGUGUCUGCAUAAUCAUUAUGUUAAAUAUUUACAUGUCUUUUAGUUGAGGAAGAUUAAUGAUUUAUGAGCUUUAACUUUUUGUUUAAUGCUGUAUGGUUAUAUGUGGUUAUACAGGUUUAAUAUGGUUGCCAGGUAACUGAGAUAAUAGCGUUAAAUUUACAAUCAACCAUUGUGUUCACUUUAAAAAGAAACUACUUUUACGAUUGCAGGCUGAACUAAGUAGUAUUAAAAAUGUAACAUGAGAUCCUUUAAAAGGGAACUUGGGUAUUUUUCUGUUUGUGAGUUUAGUAUCUCUGGAUCUGUAACGGAUUGUUUGUGUAACUUGCUUUUAUGAAGCUUGAGUCCUGAUUGCAACAUGUAUUCCUCUGAUUUCUCAAAAUGGUUACUGAAUGUCUUUUAAUACGGAUGAAGCGGAUCAAUCAGCUGAUGUUUGUAGACAUGGAAGAGAGGCUAGUUUUGUUUCCAUGUCAGUGUGGCCGUGCUGUCUGCUGCCAUUACUAACGGUCAGAUUUUAGUUUGACCUAAUGCACGUAUGUAACUGCCCAAUAAAACACUAGCAAUGUGUGACCUCUA